CAAUAAUAAAAGUUGAGUAGUUGGUAGACUAAAAAAAACAAAGCGAGGAGGUACCUAAAAUUCCAAGAAAAACCUGGAAACUUCUACAAGUUUUCCGUGAAAAUCAAAUCUAGGGCUUUUCACUCCAACGAUUCCCUUUCCCAAUCGAAGAAAAUUCCGUCUUCUCGUAACAUUUCCAAUUGUCUUUUCUCAACACAAUCAUCUGUGUGAUUAAGCUAAUGUCAAGCGGUUUUGGAGGAUCAAUGAGAUCAGCGACUGCGCCGAAUCCAUCAUGUUCUUCGGGGAACAGUUCAAACAACGAUGCCGGUGAUUUCGAAUGUAACAUAUGUUUUGAUUUGGCUCAGGAUCCUGUGAUCACACUUUGUGGCCAUUUGUUCUGUUGGCCAUGUCUUUAUAGGUGGUUACAUCAUCAUUCUCAUUCUCAAGAAUGUCCUGUUUGCAAAGCACUUGUUCAGGAAGAGAAAUUGGUUCCUCUUUACGGUAGAGGAAAAUCGCAGACUGAUCCGCGGACUAAAUCGUAUCCUGGAAUGGAGAUUCCUCGUCGUCCUUCGGGACAGAGGCCGCAGACGGCCAAUCCCCCUCCUCCUCCCGAAGGGAAUUUCGCGGGGGUUGGAUUGAUGGGGGGUUUUAUUCCGAUGGCGACUGCUAGAUUCGGAAACUUUUCGCUAUCGACAGGUUUAGGUGGGUUGGGCGGGUUUCUCCCGUCAUUGUUCAAUAUUCACUUUCAUGGUUUUCAGGAUGGGACUGUUUAUGGGACAACAUCUGGUUAUCCCAUCGGGUUUAACCCGUUUCAGGGUGGGAACGCGAGAGGUUUUAAUUCGCACGAGACAGGACAGGUGAAUCGGCAGGAGGACAAUGUUUUGAAGAAUUUGCUUAUGUUGAUUGGAGUUCUCGUUCUUCUUACGGUUAUUUUUGUUAUGUGAUGUUGUUUUUAAGUUAAAAACUUACAUUGCUUUUAGUUAGCCGUUGAUCUGUUAUGCCAAAUGGAAUGAUUUUGUUUUGUAAAUAUUCUAGUUGGUUUCAACUUUCAAGAGGGAGUUGUAUGCUUGACAAUGCUGCCUGUUUGGCGUUUUUGUAUCAACUGUAUUAUUAACUUAUGCGCUGAACUUGAAUGUUGCCUGUUUGCUUCA